AUGCAAGUGGCUCUUCCACACCUCUGCAUAGUCUGCGACGACUACAUCGUCACGCCCAAGUGCACAGCCCGCCAAUGCUUCACCUGUGGCCACCUGUUCCAUGCCUCGUGUGUCGUAAAAGCGGAUCGUUGUGCCGGGUCGCUGUCUCCGUCCUCAGGUGAUGGCGACAGCGACAUUCUGGCUGCCUGCGAAGCCUCUGCUUCUGUGGCACUUUCGGAACAGCUCCUAACUAACUGGACACUCGAGCAGGUUCUCCAGUGGUUGGUAGUUGUUGGUCUUUCUCGCUACACGACCUUAUUUCUCUCCUACAACAUCAAUGGUGAAACCUUGCCGUCACUUUUAAAGCCGCCAAGCCCUCUAGACGACAUCAAGGAUUCGUUUGCCCGGUGCUCGCUAAAAGGAGCUGUGAUGACGUUGAUUGGUGAACUCCCAUGCCCCGGUGAUCGCUUAGUGACCCCCAAAGACCCUGACACCAAAUCUGCCGCUUCACUGCCACACACAGAUCUUCGCAUACGAAAUUUUACAAGUGAACUGGCCUGCUGUGUUUGUGGUCUCCCCCUCCUUGGUGAGUUGAGGUCCCACACGGCAAGAAUUGCCUUGAUUUUCGCCUGUCUUUCAUCGCUUUUUUUUUCAAAAUCACAUAUAUGCAGUGGCAAUAGAUUACUCCGGUGGCUGUUUUUGUUGCCGUCGAAUUCCUUUUCUAAUAACGACCCGUCGAUCGCUGAUUAUCCAAAUUAA